AAACAGUCCUAGCCACUCUAGGAGGUUUCCUCAAGAAAUAAUUCAAGCUUGAAUAAAAAAAAAAUAAAAUAUCCAAAAUGAAAUCAAUUAUCUUCUUUGUAGCCACCAUUGCCACGGUCUUGGCAGUUCCAUACUACCCAGCACUCCAAGUGUACUCAAAUGGAGCUGUAGCACCCGUUGAGACCCCCGAAGUUCAACAUGAGAAGGCAAAACACUUUGCUGCCCAUGCCGAAAGAGCCCAUGGAUAUGCCCCAAUUGCUCACUAUGCUGCUCCUCAUGCCUAUGGAUAUCACGUCCCUGUCAUCCACAACGGCGUCCCAGUUGACACACCCGAAGUGCAACAUGCCAAAGCUGCUCACUUCGCUGCCUAUGCCAAGGCUGCUGCUGGACUCCCAGUUCACGCUCACACUUAUGCUGCUGGACAUUAUCAUGUCCCAGUCAUUGUUAACGGAGUCCCUGUCGAUACUCCCGAAGUCCAACAUGCUAAAGCUGCCCAUUUCGCUGCUUAUGCUAAAGCCGCUCAUGCCCCAGCUCCAGUUCAUCAUGUUGCCCAUGCUGCACACUAUCACGUCCCAGUUAUCCACAACGGUGUUCCAGUCGAUACCCCCGAAGUACAACAUGCCAAAGCUGCCCACUUUGCUGCCGUAGCCAAGGCUGGAGGUCAUGCUGCUGCCCAUUAUGAUCAUGCCCCAUACUAUCACGGCGAUGAUGGUAGCUACAAACCCGACCACAACGGAUAUUAAAUUUAGAUACUUUUAAACAAUUUAUUACGACGAAAUCGAUGCCAAUAUUUCCCAACAUUUCUCUUUUUCUACCCAACUUUAAAUACUGUAUGAUAUAAUUUUAAAAAUUUUCCCCUCUUUUCUCGUCACCAACCAAGCUAUUUCUCCUCAAACGACAUCUUUCAAAGCUAUCUUAUCUAUAUUUCUCAUAUGAAUAAGAAAAAAGUAUAUUGAAUCGCGACACUGUCAGCCGAAGAGUUUCUAAAUGAUUCGCAUAACGUGAUAUUUUUUAGAUAGCUUCCGUAUACAUAUUAAUAACGAAUCAUGUAAUAUCACUGCCUUUUUCGAGAUUAUAAAAAUAUAUGAUACACAAAUGUGAUGAACUUAUAAAAUCUCAGAGAAAAUAUAUAUUUUUUCUUUA